GAUAUAUUGAAGACGCAUCACUAGCGCUCACACUUGAUUCAUUUAUUAUUGUAAGCCACAUAUUUUGAUCAUUUCGAAGUGGAAUCGUGAGUAAACCAGACGAAAAUGGCGGCAAACACCAUAUCGUGGGGCCAAUGGUUGGUGCACGUCAACACUGAUCUUAACCAACUGUGGUCAGCCCAGCCCACGUACCUACUGUCGCAGGCUGUCUUCGUGCUUGCUGGGCUCGUAACGCUCAUUCACGCUUUCAGGAAAGGUGGAAGAUGGCCAUAUUUCUGGUUGGCCGUGGUGCUGCACGGGCAGUAUACUGAUAACUUCUGGCACGUGGUCGUUCCAGAUUAUGAUAAUUUCUGGCAUUCACAAACGCCAGUCAUGUUUUUGGGAAACCGACUGCCUUUGCACAUUAUACUCUUAUACCCCGCUUUCAUAUACCAUGCGGCGUAUGCAGUCUCUCGUUUAAACCUGCCCAAAUAUGCGGAGCCCUUCGCAGUGGGUCUGCUCACAGUUCUGAUCGAUAUCCCUUACGAUAUCGUAGCGGUGAAGUUCGUCCAUUGGACCUGGCACGACACCGACCCUAAUAUUGCAGACAGACACUACUGGGUGCCAUGGAACUCCUACUAUUUCCAUGCCUCCUUCGCUGCAAGCUUUUAUUUUCUAUUCAAUGCUAGUCGCAAGUGGUUUGCACCAAAAGUCGACCAGUGGGAUUCGGCUGGCUUCACCAAGGAAAUAAAGUCCCUUAUAAUCGCGGUGCUCCUGGGAAUGCCGGGAGGCGUGCUCAUGUUUGUGCCGAUUUACCACCCACUGCACGACAACUACGGCAUACACACAGAAGUCACCUUCUUUGCACUCUUCUCCAUUUUCGGAGUCAUCGUAUUGCGAGGACUUAUCAGCGAACGGGAGAAGUGCAAAGUCAAACUGACUGCCAUAGACUACUUGCUGAUCCUGCAGUUGGCUGUGCACUUUUUGCUCUAUCUGGUGUUCGUGAUCUUUUUCCACCCCGAGCGGGAGUGGUCCCUGGGUCUCCACGAGCCAGUCGGACCGUGCAAUGAGAAAGCCUCCCUGGUUACGCCUUUUGGACAGACUCUCUACAAGCGCAAAUAUUUUUGCCCGGAAGAUUACGACGAAAAAUACUUCGACUUCCACUGUGUGGGGGGUCAGAAACCUCCGAAUGGGGCGCUUUGGUACGUCAUCUGUGGAACGCCUUUCGAGAAUCGCAUGGAGUACAUCACGGUGAUAUCUACGAUAGUAUUGGUAGCGUUCAGUGUUUUCUACACGCUUUACUUUAAAACCGGACAGGUGGCAAUGGCACCACCGUCUAAGAAGCAAAAAACCAAAUAAUCAGACCAUUUUAAUCCUACGGUCUCAGCAAAUGAUUUUAAAUUUAAAUCUAAGUCAGAAAUCAGUUCAUAAUUCGUUAUUGUAAUAUUUUUCUAACUUACACCGAAUAAACAAGUACCUACAUAUAAUUGUUGCCAAGUAUUUCGUUCUAUUUAAUGUUAAAGGAAUCUCUGUUUAUGUUGUAUGUCAUAAUGUUAUAAAGUGAAUAAAAAUGUUAUAGAUACCCAUGU